UUCAAACUGCCUCAACACCAUGACUGAUCUGCUGCUCAGAGCCGUGCUGCUGGGGAACCUGGGCAUCUGUGUCACAGCUCAAGGUCCAGUGAUGCUCGCUCCACCCACCAAGGUGAUGUUUGACUCUGUGGACUAUAAAAACAUUGUGCACUGGACUCCACCGACCAACAGCAGCCCACUGCAGUUCUACGUCCAGUGGAAGAUUUAUGGCGAGCCUGAGUGGUUGGACGUGAACGGCUGUCAGGGUAUCAAGAAGCCUCAGUGUGACCUCAGCGUCGUGACCUCUGACCUCAGAGAGUGGUAUUACGCCAGAGUGCACGCUUCCUCCCUGCCCUCCAGGAAAUCGGCCUGGACUCUCUCCCCGAGGUUCAGCCCACGCUGGGACACUAAAAUCAGCUAUCCUGUCUUGAGGCUGAACCCCACAGAGCAAGGCAUUGUGGUCCGUGUGAAGACGCCCAGGCAGCUGGUCCGUAAGAUGCACAGCAGUCUGAACUACAAGAUCUACCUCAUACACAGCAAUGGACAGGAGGAGAUGUUUGAGAUGAACUGCUGCUCAAACAAGCUGACUCUGAGAAAGCUGAAGCCCAAGACGAAGUACUGCCUCCAAGCCCAGACCAUAAUCCCCCAGCAGGCCAAGAGUAGCCCUCGAAGUGCUGUGGAAUGUGUCACUACGCUCUGAUCACAAAGACAAACGGGACAAGCUGGACUUUUCAUCCAUCAGUUCAGCUUUCAUUAUCCUUUGCUACCUCGACGGCUUCAGCCACAAAUAACCGUGCCAUUAAAAGUGCUGCACUUUAUUCUCAAAAAAGCAUAAAGGAUCUGACAUGUUGAAUUGUGUAGGUAAACUCAAGGUCUACUUUCCAGUUUAUUUUCCUCAGUGAAUCACUCAGGUGAUGUGAAUUGUGGUUCAAAGCUCUGGAAAAAGCGAGAAAGUAGACCGUGAGUUAAGAUCAUUUUGUUGAUAUUAAGAUAUAAUACAUGUUAAUAUUUGUUGUUUUAAUGAAGGCCAGCUUAUCUUUCACUAUAGACACACUACAAGCACAAUAAAGUAGAUCCAUUUAUGUAAACCCAUUCUUUCCAGUGACUUCAGUAACCUGAAAUGAUAUGACAUGACAUCAGUGAAUCCCAAAUUUAGCAAAUUUGUGUGGUUUUUUUUGUCUUAAGAUUUCUUUAUUUUUCCUUUGAAUGGAGAAAAAAAAAUUGUUCAGGGAUGGGAAGGAUGAAGUUUAUACUUUCUCUAUACUGUGACCACAAUUUCAACUUGUUUGCCCUCUGUACAGCAAUGCUCAAUGAAUGUCAUCUAAACUUUUAGCAGAGACCUGUGCCAAAAUAUCACGGGAGCUUUACUAUGUAGCAAUGACUUUAAUGACUUUACACUUCAACUCGAUUCAGACGCAAAACUUUGAGAUGUGUUGUGUGUUCGUUGUAUGUAUCAUGUUACAAAUAAAAGCCACAAUAAUUGAUUAUACUG